CCAAGUAAAGAGAAGGGCAGAGGCGGCUCCCAGGCUGGGUGGCGGAGGGUGACCCGCGCCCCGCCCCUCCCUUCCUUUUGUAGUCCCUGGUGCUCCGGCGGGAAUCUGGAGGGCCCUAGAGCAGCUUACAGCUGGGUGCGGCUGCUCCGGGGGGCACCUAGCACCCACCAUGCGUUCUCUGGUCCUGCUCUGGGGCUGCCUGGCGCUCCCAGGUUAUGAAGCCAUGAAAGGACCCAAAGAGAUCAGCGGAUUUGAAGGGGACACCGUGUCCCUGAAAUGCACGUACGAGACCAAGCUGCGGAAGCACAGGAAAUACUGGUGCAGACAGGUCGGGCUCGUGGUGUCUCGCUGUUCUGGAACCAUCUACACGAGAGACGAGCAGGAGGUGGGGCAGGGCAGGACGUCCAUCCAUGAUCGUCGCCAAGAGCUCUCCGUCACUGUCACCAUGAGGAGCCUCACGCUGCAGGACGCUGGGAUAUACUGGUGUGGGAUCGACAGGCUGGGCUUCGACGACGGGUUCCAGGUCAAGCUGACUGUCUUUCCAGGAAAAGGGGACAGUGCCAGUCAGGCUGGUGUCUGCUGUCCUCCCUCCCCCAGCCCCUCUUUCCAGCCUCUCACUGCUACAAGGAGCCUGCAGCCUAAGGCCCAUGCCUGGCAAACUCAGCCCCCAGAAUUGACUUCUCCUGAUCUCCGCCCGACAGUCGCCACGGCCGAGCAGGAGAAGUCGGGGGUCAAGGUCCCUGCGUUCAUAGGGGCGACCUCAGCCCCAUCCGCAGGAACCUCCCGUUUCCCAGGAGCCUCUCGGAACGCAGGGAGCCCUCCUCACACAGCGACCUCUCCCCAUGCAGGGAGCUCCCGCCCAGCCAUCUGGCUACCCACCACACCAAAGGACCCCGGCCUUGACCCCGGCAGAAGCAGCUCCCAGCCCAGGGCGUCUAUCCCAGCGGUCCGAAUGCUGGCCCCGGCCCUGGUGGUCUUGGGCCUUCUGCUAGCUGCAGGUCUCAUUGCCUUCGGCAGCCACAUCCUCCGACGGUGGAAGAACGCUUGUCCGAUGACAGAGACCCCGCAGAACGAGAAGGUCUACCUCCCGACUUCGCCCCUCGGGAAUGGCUGGGCCACUGAUGCCAUGAUCAACCUUGCUGCACCCCCCGAGCCGCUCUCCAGCCCCACGCUCUCUGCUGACCCCUGCGCUGAGGUCCAGUACCUAAACCAGACUACAGAAGAAGCCCUUUGCCAGCACGCGGAGGACUUGGUGGCAUCUCCCCUGCAGAUACCCGAGGAGGAGCUGCGCUUCUCUGAGUUCAUCUCGGUGUAACUACAGCGCGCCCCGGGCCGGCGCCAGGGAGCUGCAAGACUGCGUUAGCACUAACUCUCAGGAGCUUGCUGCCACAGCCUCACGGUUCUUCUGGGCACGCUCCAGGGCUCUGCCCACCCUCUCCUCAGGCUCCCCCCCCCUUUUAAAUAAUAUCAUACUUUUUUGUUUGUUUUUGCUUUUUAUUUAUUUUUUUAUUAACAACUUCCAUGGUUGUAAACAAUAUCCCAUGGUAAUACCC